UUUCCUCGUUGCAGUUAAUGUUUUAAGCCCUUCACAUAUAAUAGUUCUUCACCCUCUUGCAGUUUCCUUCCUAUAUGCUUCUCACCUGUAAAAAAGUAAAGUUUCAUAUCAAAAGUUAUAGUAAAUCAUAUGACAACUUAUACACUACAAAGGCGUUCACUCUGUAGCAGGCUUUCUGUAAUUGCAAGUUCGAUUUUGAAAACAAUCUGAUGUGUUGGCAGGGAUGGUGUUGAGAGUAGAGAAUACAGCAGAGUCGGAUUCUACUAGAAAGGGAUCAAUCUUGGCUGCUGAAGUGGGUUCGAUUUUACCAGAAAAUAGGGGAGAUAAUGGCGGCUGCUCAGGGGUUAUUACGAGAGAUAGCUGCUACAGGGGUGACGACGAGAGAUUGAGUCGACUAUUGUUGUAGUGGUAAUGAAACACACCACAAAAGUCGACCGGAGAUUGUGAGAGUGACGGACUUGGUAGCGAUUGGAAGCCCUCAAAACAAAUCAUAAGAAAAAAAAUCUGUACUUUGCUUUCCCAUUUUGUAAUCCCACUUGGUCACAACCUAAUUUUUGCUUUAUGUCGUGGAAAAGCCACCACCAUUAACUUAACAAUUGAAACACCUUAUAAACUGAACAUGAACAAAGAUGAUCGAUCUUUUAAUUUCAACAAUUCUAUCUAUCUGAAGGAGAUUAAUUAGAAUGGGAUUUUGGGGGCUGUUGGGGGUGGCAUCGAUGCCGAUAUUGCAGGUGUUGAUCAUAAGUGCAAUCGGAGCUUUCAUGGCUACUGAUUACCUCAACCUACUUCCCAGCAACACUCGAAACUCACUUAACAAGAUUGUGUUUGUGGUAUUUACGCCUUCACUUAUUUUUACAAGCCUUGUGGAGAGUGUCACCUUUCAAGACAUCAUCUCAAUGUGGUUUAUGCCAAUAAAUAUAGGAAUAACAUUUUUAUGUGGAGGAAUAUUGGGAUGGAUAGCAGUAAAACUAAUCAAACCAAAGCCUCAUUUAGAAGGCCUCAUCAUGGCUAUGUGUUCAACAGGAAACUAUGCAAAUCUUCUGGUGAUAAUGGUUCCUGCAAUCUGCACAGAUAAUGGCAGCCCAUUCGGUGAUCAUGUCAUCUGUAAGGCUAAGGCUCUCUCUUAUGCAUCAUUCUCCAUGGCUUGGGGUAGCUUCUACACAUGGACAUGUACAUACCAAAUGAUGCAAGCCUCAGCUUUGAAGUACAACGCAAUAAAAGAAACCGAGGAAUUGUCAAAUCAUGCAAAUCAAAACACUCAUAUACUCGAUACAAAUAAUGAUCAUAUUGAUCAAAUCAUGCCUUCAUCAAAUUUGACUAGUCAAGAUAUAGAAAACCAAUGUAUUGUGCAACAAACGUCAGUAGGGAAUGUAAAGAAGAAAGAUGGAUCGAUUUCAGAUAAAUUAGUAGCAAUGUUGAAGAAAAUAGUAAAUCAACUACUAGCUCCACCAACCCUUGGCUCUUUUGCAGGACUCAUUAUUGGUGCAAUCCCAUGGAUAAAACAUCUUUUAACUGGCGAAAAAGCUCCUUUAAGGGUGAUUCAAGACUCAAUGAUAUUACUCGGAGCUGGAACCAUACCUUGUUUGACUCUUAUACUAGGAGGCAACCUCACACAAGGUCUACGAAAGGCGAGCGUGGGGCCCACAAUCAUUAUCACGGUUAUGUUAGUGAGGUAUUUGAUUCUUCCUGUUAUUGGGAUUGGUGUGAUAAAAAUGGCGGCUAAUAUGGGAUUGGUUCCGGUGGACCCGCUCUUCAGAUUCGUGUUGUUGAUAAUGUUUGCUCUGCCACCUGGCGUCAAUAUCAGUACAAUGGCUGAAUUGUUUAGUGUUGGGCAAGAAGAGUGUGCAAUGUUGAUGAUGUGGACUUAUUUGGCUGCUGCUUUUGCUCUUACAACUUGGUCAUCUGUUUACAUGUGGAUUUUAUCUUGAAAUUUUUGUACCUUUUAAUUUGUUGUAUGUUAUGUUUGAUUUUGUAUUUCGAUUUUCAAUAUCUAGCUAAUUGAUUAAAAAAGUUGUUUAGCACCAUUUUAGUCCACAUAUGUGAGCUCUUGUGCACUUAGUAGCCACAUAUGACCACAUUUGAAGGUCAAUUUAGUCAA